GUUUCAGAGCAGCACAUCAUGGCUCCCAUUCCCCUCAGCACGGUCGACACCGACCUGAAAGACGUAAUCCAACACCUGUUCGAAAUCCAAUCCGCCGUCCACGGCUACCUCGGUCCCGAAACCCAGCAAGAGCUCGUUCGCAAAAUAAAAAACCUCACUAUCGCGCUCUCCACACUCAGCACACACACCUCCGAUAAUCACCCCGACGCACAAUCCCAAUCACCAGGAAACAGCAACGACCCUCCCAUCCACAGCAUCCAACUUCCCCCGGAGAUUAUCGACUACGUAGAUGCAGCAAGGAAUCCGGAUAUCUACACGAGAGAAUUCGUCGAGUUGAUUCAGCGCGGGAAUCAAGAUCUGAAGGGGAAGAAGGAGGCGUUUGGGAGUUUCCGGGAUGUGUUGGCGAGGGAGAUGAGGGGGGCGAUGCCGGAGGUUAGGGGGGAGGUGGAUAGAGUGGUUGCUUCGUUUGGUGGUGAUGGGAAUGGGAGUAAUAAUGGGGAGGGCAGGGGGUGA